UCAGUCAUUUAGAUUGGCACGCUUUUUUGUAGUUUUAUUAAAAUUGUAGAGGCAAAAGAAAAACUUUCCGACAAACUCUAGUACUGAUACAAGAAGAAACCCAGCUUCGCUUUCCAAGAUACUCAGAAGACAGCCCAUUGAGGUGAUUGCUGUAAUUUUCUUCAUCGUAAUGGAUUCAGUCACGCCGCGGGACUCUUCCCUUCCAAGAGCACGAAGACCGACGCAUAUGCGUUCAUCAAGAACUGUCAUAAUAGGAGCUCUAUGUAUUUGUCUUUUAACGCAUACGAUGCUUUAUGGAUUUAUACUGCCGGUACUUCCUACCGCGCUAGUCACCCGGUUCUCAAUCACAGAUAAAGAUGUGAGUCGCUGGAUUGGCAUACUGCUUACUGUUGAGGCGUUGGCGACUCUUCUUUUCAGCCCCGGAAUCGGCUAUGUGAUAAAGUUCAUGCAAAGCCGGCGUUUUACUUUGUUAAUUGGAAUUUUACUUCUUGUUAUUGCUAUGGUAAUAAUUGCUGUUUCCAAAUUAAUAAGUGUUCUCGUCGUUGGCCGAAUUGUACAGGGUAUUUCGUCUGCAAUUAUCCAGGUGGUGAGUGUCACAAUUAUAUUAGAUUGUUCACCCGAAGAUAGUGUUGGACAAUCCAUGGGUUAUGCUGGCGCGGCUAUGAACUUGGGAUUUCUAGCUGGUCCACUUCUUGGAGGAGUUGUGUAUCAAUUCUUGAAUUGGAAUGGUCUUUUUGGGGUUGUUGGAGGCCUUUUGGUUCUCAAUCUGGUCGUACCUAUUUUAAUUCUACCUCUUGAACGACAGCCUCAGGAUAAUCCGGCAUCCCGGUCAUCUCAAACAGAAUCAACAUCACAAGCUAGCACACAGGCUAUCAAGUCUUUUUCGUUAUUAGAUCUGUUACGCAAACCUGCCAUGCGAGUAGGGCUCUGGGGAGUGAUUGUGAGCGGCAUCUUCAUCUCGGCGAUCGAUACAGUUCUUCCAGUCUUUGUCGAGGGACAGUUUGCCUGGAGCUCGCUGGGGCAGGGAUUAAUAUUCUUACCUGUUUCCCUACCUGCAUUACUUGAGCCGAUCUACGGAUGGCUGGCCGAUAGGUAUGGAGCCCGAAUAGUAGGAUUCGUGAGCUUCUUGGCUUUAGUACCAAUCACAGUCUGCCUUCGGCUCGUGAAGUCAAAUUCGAUAGGAACAAAAGUACUAUUAUGUGCAUUAUUGACCGGCAUCGGUGUAUUUCUAGAUGCGACUGAGCCAGCGGGCUACGUACUUAUGGAUGAUGUAUUGAAAGACAUGGAAAAUAAAUCUGGCGGUAGGUAUGAUUGGAAACUCGUUGUGGCCCGCUCUUUUGGUGUUCAGAAUGCUGCUCACUACUUCGGCAUUACGAUUGGACCAGUCAUUAUAACUUCACUGCCAGAUUCAGACAGAAUUGGUGCAGUAGGUCUUCUACUUGGGUGUCUUUCUGCUGUGACAUUUUUGCUUUGGGUAUGGGGCGUGAAGAAUCCAGAGAAGGAAGGACCUGAGACCGAAGAUGCAGUUGAACUAGCCCGUCGUGGGGUUCAACCAGGAAAUUCAAUUCCAGCUACAUCUUCCCAGAACUGAAGCUUACCAAUCACAGAAUUGUAUGCGUAGGAUGAUCGAAUGGGUAUGUGAACAGAUACACUUCAUUUGGUAGAGCUAAUGCCACCCUCUGUUCUUUCGGCCUCUGGAAUUUAUUAUCUCGGUCUAGAGCCUCCAAUGGGGCCAAAAUUGAUCCUGACUUUCACUUCGGUUCAUUCAGCUUUCCUCGAUGGCACUUUGUGUGCAUGACAGUUCUUUGUCUAGUUUUACAGUAGAAUAAUACACCUCAAUCAGCGUCCCGAGUGACAGAAUAAUAAGAUUUGCAGGACAAAAGACCAGCGGUUUUAACAAUUUCAAGAUAGUGUAGGCAAUAUUCAUUAUCAUAGUUUGGUUCAAAUGCUGGGCUUAACAUUGGAUUUGAAGAACACAGCCUCACAAUUUUAUGAUAAACCGUCAUCGAUGGGUAGGGAGUCUAAGCU